CCGGUUCCUCUUCUCUUACCGCCGCCGCCGCCGCCGACGACGACGACGACGAAGGGGGAGGAGUGAGCAGCAGCGUGAGCGCCGUCCGAAGGUCGUACGGAGGGGCUCGAUGGCGUUCGAGUCGUCGGCGGAGACGGAGCGGUUCCUGUGCGAGCGGCUGCUGGACGGGGCGCAGCCCAUCGCGGAGCGGUUCCGCGCGCUCUUCUCCCUCCGCAACCUCCGCGGCGACGGCCCCCGCCGCGCCCUCCUCCAAGCUGCAAGGGAUCCUUCCAACUUGCUUGCACAUGAGGCUGCAUUUGCACUUGGACAAAUGCAGGACGCUGAGGCUAUCCCUGCAUUAGAGGGAGUUCUCAAGGAUCUUUCACUGCAUCCAAUCGUCCGCCACGAGGCUGCUGAAGCCCUUGGAGCUAUUGGCUUGGAAAAGAGCAUUUCCCUGUUGAAAGAGAGUUUAGCAGCUGAUCCUGCUGUGGAGGUGCAAGAAACAUGCGAGUUGGCUCUUAGACGGAUAGAAGGGCAGAAGAAUGCUAGUGGCGCUGAAAGCACAACAAUUUCUCCUUAUCUAUCUGUUGAUCCAGCACUCCCUGCCAAGCAAGGACUUUCGGUAGAACAACUAAGGGAGCUUCUCCUCAAUGAGCAAGAAAAGAUGUAUGAACGUUAUGCAGCUCUUUUUGCGCUUAGGAAUGACGGCGGAGAUUAUGCUGUUUCUGCUAUCAUUGAAUCUCUAGGUGUGAAAAGUGCUCUUCUGCGCCACGAGGUCGCUUAUGUGUUGGGUCAGCUGCAGAACAAAGCAGCUUCAGAUGCACUUUCUGGUGUUCUCCAGAAUGUUAAUGAGCACCCAAUGGUCAGGCAUGAAGCUGCCGAGGCCCUUGGUUCGAUUGCAGAUCAAGAAAGCAUUGCACUUCUAGAGCAAUUCGCCAAGGACCCUGAGCCCAUCGUCUCCCAGAGCUGUGAGGUAGCUCUCAGCAUGCUUGAGUACGAAAGAUCGGGGAAGUCAUUCGAGUUCCUGUUCCUACAGACUCCUCAGGUACAGCAGGAGUCCUGAGCCCAGCCAGGUCCAGGGCAAGAAGGGCGAUGCCCCAAGGCCCGGGGAAAAUAUAGGCCUAAUAUCAUUAGAUUCUGAUAUGCGUAUGAGCUAAAUAUAUUCACAUGGACUUGCAUGAGUCUGUAAUUUCUUCAAAAUCUCAAGUUGGCCUCCACACGGGUUGUAUUUGAACUGGCGAGUAGAAUUCUGGUUUCUGUUUGAUAUUGCUGCUUGCAUGAUGUGUGUCAUGUAGUUGUAUUGGACGAGGCGCAAAGAACACAUGAGCAUGGUGUUCGAUAUGAAAGGCUUCCCUUUUAUUGCUU